AGUGAUCGUUUACAGUUAUAGUCAGUCCGCAUCGGGCGCUCGGCCGGCCCUGACCAUAUCGGUAUACGUAUGCACGCUGAUAAGGUGUAUCGCUUCUUUCGUUUCCUCUGGCUUUUUCGGAUACGCGUGCGCGCCACCGAGGAAUUUCUCUUUCCCUCUCUCUUCUUUUCGGAGACGGACGGGUCUCUCUCUCAAGACGAGUCGAAAAUCGAGCAGCAAAUAACAGUGUGGUUUGAGCCUCCCGUCUGAUUCCUCCUCUCAGAUCUUUUCGAAUCUUUUUAUCGCGUCGCUCGUCAUCGUCGAUCCAACGAGACGGCGAGAUCGUUUUCGACUUUGAACUCGAUAACAGCGACUGUAGUGAUUGAUAGGGCGUUAUUGGGUCCAAGGUAUCGGGCUUCGGGCAGUGAUUUAGUGGGCAAAAUAUCAAUGAGUGUCGUGUGAAAGGAAAAGUGCGAGACGUGACUUUUGGGUUCGGCGGCUGCGAAAAACCCGCUGACGCUGCGUGCACUCGUCGCGCUUUACGCACGAGGCACACUGAUGGAGAAUAAUCGGCCGACGAGAAGAUCCGAGCUGUGAUUUUGAUCAGGAUAAUGCGAAGCCUGGAUAGGCUAUCGGGUAGUGACCAAGACUGCGGUGAUCGGGAAAUGUACAUCGACCUGGACGACGCCUCCGUCGACUCGCUUACCGGAAAACGUAGUCGCCAUCAUGUCGUUGGCGCGGAGGUGGGCGAGGAGAGCGACAGCAGCGGAAGCGAGAGGAGUCCGAAGCAGGCGAAGAGGAGAAACCGCGGUGGCGCACCACCGACCACGAGGAGACGGAAAAGCGGAAUUUCCGCGCGUGAGAGGAACCUGAGGAGGCUGGAAAGUAAUGAGAGGGAGAGGAUGAGAAUGCACUCGCUCAACGAUGCUUUUGAGCAAUUACGCGAGGUAAUACCACACGUAAAAAUGGAGAGGAAGCUCAGCAAGAUCGAAACGCUCACGCUGGCUAAAAAUUAUAUAAUGGCACUGACGAAUGUCAUAUGUGAGAUGCGCGGCGAGGAGCAACCGUACACGUUUGUCGAUGGUGAAUGCGGUUCUAGCAGCGGUGACAGUACCGGUCAAUUAGAAUUAAGCGGGGGCGAGCAACCUGACGAAUCAUCGCCCGCAUCGAUCCACGAGGCCAACAACAAUAGCCUUCUUCACGAGGAUCUAGAACGCAGGAUCUAAGGAAAUUCAAUUUAAGCGAUACUUAUCGAGACAUGUGUUGCACAUGCACAUAUACACAUAGACUCUGUGAUAAACUAUCAUGUUAGUGCCUUUCGUAAGGACAGCAAUCCGCGAUGAUUCACUUUGUCGCCAUGGAUCUUCGUAGAUCGUUGUAUGUUUUUGAAAAAUUCCGAAAAAUAUAAAGAUGAUCAAAAAUGAUUUCAUAAAUACACGCAAUGAAAGGAAAGAUCAGAUAGAAGAGAAAAAAGAAGAGACAAAUAUAAUAGAAUAUAUAUGGAAAAGAGAGAGAAAAAGAGAAUACGUGUUUAGAAUAUAUGUAUAUUUCAGAAUUAGCGCAUAAUAUUAUAUAUAUAAAGAUAAGUCAAUAAACAAAAGGUUUCAAUUAGAUAUAUGCAAACUUGCCCGGAAUUUUUUUCACGCGUGUUAAGACUAUUUAAUAUAUUUUUAAUGAUAUGAAUACGAUGAAUGAACAUCGUUUGCGACUAAUUACCGAUUCCGAUAUAGAUAAGUUUAUUGACAAGAUCAGCUUUGAAAAUGUUAUAUUCAUCUUCGUUAAACUAUCCGAUUUUUCGGAAUCAAGAAUAAUGAAGUUAUAUAACGACAUCAAAUACAAAUCUUCUCUAAGUUUUAAACUCAUAAUGGCACAAAAUAAAACACUUUAAGAGGCGGACAAAAUGCUCAAGAAAUAUCCGAGUAAUCAAUAAGCCAAAGUACUUCAAGUUUUCGACCAUUUGCAAUUAAAGUAAGAAGAAUGAGCCAAGUAUUAUGGAUAAAAUAUGAAUGCCAAGUAUUAUGGAUAAAAUACAUUUGAAAUACUAUGCGAAGAUUCUGCAGACAAUAACUGUCUGUUACAGAAGGAUAGAUCAACCUGACAAAAUUAACCAGAAUUUAUGAAACUGCUGCAGAAACAAAUCCAAAUAACAAAAAACUUUAACUAACUAAAUUCUAAACGCAUUUUUUUAUAUCGUCUUGAUGAUUAUAAAAAGCAAUAACAAAUUGUUCUUAUAUUAUACAAAAUGAAACUCAUAUACAACUACUAACAACCUCUAAUGAUUGUUUCAUAGAGAUGUCUAUUGUAUCGAGAUGAGAUUGUAUAAGCAUAUUAUUCAAAAUAGAAAACAAAGAGGUAGUCAUUGUCACAUGAAUCAAAUAUGUCGACAUGAAUCAAAUAGCAUUUUAUCUAUAGUUAUUAUAGUGAAGUGAAACAAAUUACCUAAACAUUCUCUCAAAAAUUUUAUAAAUUCUUGAAUUUUUAUAAAAUUCUCGUAUUUAUAUAUAAACGUUAAAUGAUCUGCAAUCCUUAUAUAAAGAUUUGCAAUCCUUAUAAUUGGCUAUAAAUUUCGCUAUAAUCAAGAGUUGUUGAGGCCGAAAAUAAAUUAUGCAGAGGCACGACAAAAAACCUGAUGAUUCAGUGAAUCUAAUUGAAAAUGCCUUACAAGUAAUACGUAAAUGUGUGAUCAACAGCGACUACUAGAUUAGUCUCCAAGUGAAUACGUACGAACAAAAUUUGGAUGUGAAAAUUUAGAACUCGACAGGAGAGACUACGUUAUAAUAACGAUAUUAGCUUAUAACAACAUUGCUGCAAAGAUUAUUAUUGUCAACUCAAAUGUGUAGCUAAUACACUACGUAGCUAAUACACUACGUGUAUAUAGAGCCAGAUAGAAAACAGCUGGCAAUUUAUCUCGCACUGGACAUAAUUCAUUUUUCAUAUAAAUCGUACAAUCGCUUUAUUAAUUAUUAUAUUGUUCAUUUAUGUUUCGCUAAAAAUCACAUAUACGCUACAAUUAUUUAAUGUGUUUUUGCAUCUGUUAGGAAGUAGUUGGAAACUUGUAAGUAAAUUCUAAUAUAACGCUUUUCAAAUAGUGUCGUUUUUUCAAUUUUUAAAAAUAUUUCAAGCUUUAUCUUGGAUAAGCAAAUUUCAAUAUAAAUAUAAAUCACCAAUUACACUUCUUCUCUAAAUUGGCUGAAAUAUUGACAAAUAAAAUCUAUAGAUUACAAACUGCACUGCUAGUCUUAAAGAUAUAAAAGAAUGCAUUUUAAUAAAACGACUCAAGUAUGGUGCACGAAUUCUCUUUUCAGAUGUAUUACUAAUAUUGUUAAGAAAAUUCAAGCAUUCAGUCGGUUAUUGAAGCUUUAAAGUCGAAAAAUAAUUUUGAUAAAGUGCUCAAUUGUUAAUAUUUUAAGUUCGCGAUAACAGCCCUGGAAAAGUAUCUUGUUUUAAUAAAAUUGCUCUUGGUUACGGUACAUAUAAAGUUAAAGGACUAGAUAAUACAUUAAAUAUAUCUUUAUAUGCAUCUUGCAAUUCCAAAAUCGUUAAAUAUAUAAAAAAUUCCUAAUUUAAAAAACUUUAUUUAAGAAUGACACAUUCCGACUUUUGAUUUAUCGAGGAAGAUUUAUCUUUAAAAAAUGCGCUAGA